UUUAAACUCGUGAUAGUCAUAAGAGAACAGAUCAAAGAAGAAAAGACCAGACCAAGUCAAGGAAAAGAAAGCUGUACAUGCCUUUCACUUAACAGACGGAAUGCUGGUCUGAAGGAGGUUUUAGCAGGACCAAGCUCACAAAAUGCCCAGAAAUUACCACCAUCCGGAUGGCAACUUUUUCAGAGGAAGAGGACACAGCUAUGUGGCAGCAGAAGAAGCUCUGGGUAUUGGACUCUUCAUUUUGGUGCUGGCAAUUUUACUUAUCUUUGGCUGCUGGUAUUACAAAAGACGUAGUGGCUAUAAAAGUCUGCGGAGCAAAAGCUCUAGUGUGGGCACAGUACGAACCGUGGUAGGUGAAGGAACAAUGCUGGACUGCAAAAUGGCUCUGCAGGAGUACAGAAACUUUAAUUCUGUGGUACCUGAUGCUCCACCAGCUUAUGACAAAAUUGCAGCAGAUCAGUCACCACCACCUUAUUCACCAUGAUAAUAUGAAAUCUUAAACUCUAAACAUACCAAUUCCAUUUCUUCAUGCUGCUUCUUUAUUUCCUGUAUAUGCUUAACUUUCUUAAAGCUAAAAUAAUUUUAAAAAAAUAAUCGCAUGCUUUCAUUAGUAGUUGCUGAAAAUUAUUCCUGCUUAGUUUACAGAACUGGUUCUUGAAAUGGCUCAAUAAAUCUGAACGUGCUUUUGUUUUAAGUUUUU